AUGUGUCGUAGUCAUCCUGCGCACUUGCUUCUUCUGGCCCAGCUUGUGACGAGUUGGACCAGUCCGUUGAAUGUCUUGUUCAUGGAGAACCACCAGGCUUUUUCGUUUUCCAGCUUGUCUGUGCUCAAUGAUUCGAUGCUGAUCGAUAAAAUCCAUCAAACCAAAGUCCAGCGCACUGAUUUAACGUCGUAA